CGGAAAUGAAUUGGUUAAUCAUUCUAGGUUUAAUUUAUUUGUGCUAGGCUGAACAUUUUCUAUAUGAAUCUGAGACAGGAGUUACAAUUCAAAAUAUCGUUAAUAAAGAUAUUGAUAUUAAUAUCAAAUUCAAAAAACAAUUCUAAAGAACUCCCAAGAUUGCCUAUUCAAUUGGCUUAUUGGACAUGAGUGGUUCUUCCUUCAUGAGUGAAAUUUUGAAUGUUAAUUAAGAAGGUAUUUUCUAAAAUUAAAGGAGGUUUUACAAUUAGAGUUAGAGGGGAUCAUAUUGAUUAAAUCUCAUAUAAUUGGAUGGCCACUGAUAAUCCUUUAGUACACAUUGAAUAUGUUAAGUCAUAAGAAUCAGAAAUCUAACUGCCUCUUUUCAAUUAUGAUAGUGAUACAACUCCUUUAGUAAAUUCUUAUUUGGUUGGAGCAACAUUUGAAGAUAAGAAACAAUUCAAUCAAGAAAUAGUUGAAUUAAAUAAAGACAUUGUAAAGAUUGCAACAAAAGGUGCUAAGGAAUUCAAGCUUUGUCUGCUGAUAUCCAACUUUGAAAACAGUUUUAAGACUGAUGAUUUGGGAAUUAUUGCUGAUGCUGAUGAUCACACAUGGUUUUAGAGUUCUAAAGAUGCUUAAAAAAUUUUGGUUUCUUCAUAUGAAAUUCCUAAUGAUAUUGUAGAUUUCGUUUAAUUGAUGGGUAUUUCAGGAUUUACAUCAUUAAGUGAUCAUGUUAGAGUGGAAGUAAAUGAAGAAUAGGAAAAUGAUGAUAAUCACAUCAAAGUUGAAUUUGGAACUUGUAAUCUAUAUAUUUAAUAAAUUAGGGGAUGAAUCAACAAUUAAAUCACUUAGCUUUUAUGGGUUUUAUAUUGGCAAUUAGGAAGUUAAAUAUUACGAUUAAAAUUGUGCUUAUUUAUACAGCGAAUGCGAUUAUUAAGGAAAUGAGGUGAAGAUAUGUGACAAUAAAGCUAAGCUAGACUACAAUGGGUAAAUCAAAAGCAUUAGAUUACCAAAAGAUGCUGUAUUUACUCUUUAUGGAAAAGAAGAAUUUGAGGGAAAGAGGUUUAGAAUUGAAUCGAGCAAAUCAUGUAUGGAUGCAUUGUAUCUUGGAAAAUGAGC